AUGAACAAAAUUCAGGUUCGAGGUCACAUCUCUCGCCCUGUCUUUGGGGAGGGACGCCAAACGCCUGAUCGUCAGAUGUUUUUCGUCAACUCGCGGCCUUGUGGUCUGCCGCAGAUUGGCAAGGCUUUCAAUGAGGUCUACAAGUCGUUCAAUGUCUCCCAGUCGCCUUUCAUCUUUGCAGAUUUCCAGAUGGAUACAAACGCGUAUGACGUGAACGUUUCUCCUGAUAAGCGUCAAAUUCUUCUCCAUGAUGCUGGAGCUAUGAUCGAGUCUCUCAAGGCCUCUCUCACAGAACUCUUUGAAGAUACUGAUCAAACCGUGCCACAGUCGUCGGUCAAAUCCAAACCCCUGUCAAAGCAGCAGCCGUUAUCCUCGCUCCCAGGCUUUGUCACUGCCCGGGAGCUCAGCCAGAAUAGUGACAGUGGCAGCCCUAGCCGCGAUCAGACCCGAGAACGUUCAGCGGAGCCUUCAGAGGCAAGUCAGCAGAGCGCAAUAUCAAAAUUCAAAAGAUCACAAACAGGGCUAGAAAGUCCCGCACCAGCCACUUCAUCUCCAGCUCGAUCCCUGAGGACCCCUCGCGCUUCUACGAACUCAGAGGUACCUAGCUCAGCUGUCAGCCAAGUCGAGACCCCCACAAUUGACAUUCCACACGAUACUCUACACCCGGAAAGCUCCAUAAACGAAGAUACCGAUUCAACACCUGCGUUGCACGAGCCGUCUUCCCAAGCGUCGGGAUUAGGAGAAACGCCAUCUCGCAAUCGCCAGGCUUCCGAAGAGACCCCCAAUGUUGUUCAGAACGCAUUUGACAGAAUCCGCCCACGGCGGGAACCAGCAGAGCUGGCUACCAUCACCAUUGGGGACCGUACUAUAACAUCUAUGGUUGGUAGUGGGCUUCCGCGGAAGCGGUUGCAGGAAGAUCCUCCUUUCAUGAAGGAGCCACCGCGUCGACAGAGACGAAUCCACACACCAUCGCGUCCGAAUAUUUUUGGUGAUCACAUGAAGUCAUUUGCUGCACCGGGCUCGCAAAUUGAUGCUGAAGCAGAGGAGAGCUCUGUGAGUGAUGCUGACGAAGCCGCGGAAGAGGAACAAAGCAUUACUAGCGAUGCUGAAGAUGUCGAAGAGGUCGAGGACGAUGAAGAGGCUGAGGGUUCUGAGAAUCCUAAUGACGAAGAAGACCGUGAAUAUCAGGAAUCCCAUGCAUCUGAGGACGUUAGCCUUCCUCCUGAGCAAGAAGCCCAGCACCAGGAACAUGAAGAACUAGAGUCUACCGCAGGCGGGAAUGACACAAAUCAAGAUGAAAGUCUUGAUGAGUCCAAGAAAAAAGCUCAGGAGGAAGCCACUGUCCAGCGCCUGAUCCACGAAGCUGAGGAGACGGCCCUGCUGCCCGGAGAGAACAAUGUGAAACGCGCAAAUAAAAUGAACAAAGGUGCUGCCCAUCGCGACGCUACUGUUCAACUCAUCAGCACGGUGGACGGAUCCUUUUCACGACUACAGUCUCAACACGAUGUAUUACAAAAAACUUUGAAAGAACGCACAGUACACCCGGAGGAGCGUCCUGACGAUUGCGAGAAAUCUGCCGAGGACAAACUUUCCCUCACUGUGAGCAAAGAUGACUUCGCCCAAAUGCGCAUCGUCGGUCAAUUCAAUCUGGGAUUCAUCAUUGCUGUCCGCCCGGGAAAAGGUCACGAUGAACUCUUUAUCAUUGAUCAGCACGCCUCCGACGAAAAGUUCAAUUUCGAACGACUGCAGGCUGAGACUAUUGUGCAGAACCAGCGCCUUGUCCGCCCGCAACGGCUCGAUCUCACUGCUGUUGAGGAAGAGGUCGUUCUGGAGAAUCGUGCGGCGCUCGAAAAGAAUGGGUUCCUGGUGACUGUCGACGAAAGUGGUGAUGAGCCCAUCGGCCGUCGAUGCCAGCUUGUUUCGUUGCCUCUCAGUAAAGAAGUCGUGUUUGGCGUACGCGACUUGGAGGAGCUGAUUGUGUUGCUAUCAGAAUCAGUCUCGAUGAAUGAACUCUCGGUGCCACGACCGGGCAAAGUACGCAAAAUGUUCGCCAUGCGAGCUUGUCGCUCCAGUAUCAUGAUCGGCAAGACCUUGACGAGUCGUCAGAUGCAGCGCGUCGUGCAGAACAUGGGCACUAUUGACAAGCCAUGGAACUGUCCUCACGGACGGCCUACAAUGCGGCAUUUGAUGAGUUUGGGCCAAUGGGAUGAGUAUGAUGAAUUUGAAAACGAGGGUUUGGAGCCUUGGCGGGAGUAUUUGGGGCAAGCAAGCGACGAAGAUGUAUAG